UAAAACAUAUCCUAACCAACAACUGUGUUAUGUCAGUGAUUGCGCAAACAACCUUAGACGAGAGAAAGAAUGAGUAACGUGAUCGAGAAAUUGGGCCUUAAGAUUAUAAGGAACCCUCCGGAAGAGAUGCUUACUGAACUUGGUGUCAGGCAAUGGACAAGAUGGAGUUGCCCUCCGAAAUCAUUCCAUUGGAUAUAUGGAUUUAAGGAGACAUGCUAUAUCUUGGAAGGAAAAGUGAAGAUUACCAUAAAAAAUGAGUCAGUGGAAAUUGUUGCUGGUGAUUUAGUUGUGUUUCCAAAAGGGAUGAGUUGCACUUGGGAUAUAUUAGUUGCUGUUGACAAGCAUUUUAGCUAUGCAUGAAUCUAGUAGUUGAUAUUCCUAGUGAAUGAGACAAUAUGACAUUCAUGAAUAAAUAAGAACUUUGAAAUGAAAUAAGAACUUUGAAAUAUAUAUAUUUCAGUUUUGAUCAAUUUAAGAACUUUGAAAUAUAUAUAUUUCAGUUUUUUGGGUUGA